AUGACGAACUACGGAACCAUCCCGACGUCGUCUCAUCCAUCUCCGCCGAUUGAUCUCGAGUACAUCUCACGCGCCAAACACCGUAUCAAAUCAGGUCUCGCCACGCGCCGCCCAUGGAAACUAAUGUUCGACCGUGAGUCCCUAUCCCUCCCCCACGGCUUCUUCGACGCGAUCUCGAGGAUCAAAACCAACCUCGUCUACUUCAGAGCCAACUACGCCAUCGCCGUCCUCGUCAUCCUCUUCCUGAGCCUCAUCUACCACCCGACAUCGCUCCUCGUCUUGGCCGUCUUGGUCGUCUUCUGGAUCUUCCUCUACUUCCUCCGCGACGAGCCUCUCGUGGUCUUCAGCCACCAGAUCGACGACCGAACGGUCAUGAUUUUUCUAUCGGUUUUGACGAUCGUUAUGCUUUUGUUCACGCACGCGACGGCGAAUAUUCUCGGAGCGAUGUUGACCGCCGCCGUUUUGGUUGUGGUCCACGCGGCGGUUAGGAGGAGUGAUAAUCUGUUUCUCGACGAGGACGCUGUGGCGGCGAGUGAAUAUUCGGGGCUGACGUCAUACCCUUCGUCAUAA